AAAGAAAAUAAAGGUACCAAACUUUGAAUCUUGUCUCCCACAGUUUCUAUCAAACCAAAAAAUCGAAUCCAUCAUCCUAAUGUCCACUCCAGAUCCCAACCCCUCCGUCUCUCUCGCCGCCGCAUCGGAAACUCCGAUGACACAACCCAGCACAGUCAAAACGCCGUCUCCUCAGCCGUCGUACAGAGCCAUAGCUCCCCUUCACCGUCAACCUCAACCUCAACCGAAUAUCCAUCCAUUCCCGGUCAGACGAUCGAAUCCCGUUUCCGGUUCGCCUCACCAGGACCCUUCAGCUCUUGUUUACCCGGGUCGUGGGUUACCGACCCGACCCGGAAGACAGAGUCCGAGUAUAGUCGCGGAUCCAUCAUCAGGUGGGUAUCCUCCUCUGCCGUACCAAAAUGGGCAGGGUUUGGAUCCAGUGAGUCAAUUCAUGAGAGCUGCACAACCUCAGAUCCAACAUGCUUCUCAUCUCGGGCCGGGUCACUUGAAGGGCGUUCCUCACUUCUUGCAACCUCGGGUUGCUCAUCCUCCUUCUACUUCAGUUCUAGACAAUGGUGGGCGUAAAAACUCUAGAAGCAGAAACGACGUCCUGGUCCUUAUAAGAAAACGAAAGGUUAGAAUAACAGAGGGAGCUUCUCUGUAUUCGCUUUGUAGAUCGUGGUUGAGAAAUGGUGCUCAUGAGGGACUUCAGAAGCACCAAAGCGAUACCACAGUGACAUGUUUACCAAAGCCUUUGCCUGCAUCGGUUGUGGUAGAGACUAGUUUGCCAAAAGAUUCAGUUGAAGAACCAAAUCGUGUACAAGACAAAGAGGACGAGGAAUCUGUGAAACAGUUGUCUGAUGCUGAUCUUUUGAAAAGACAUGUGGACCGUGCUAAGAAGGUCCGAGCUCGAUUAAGAGAAGAACGGUUGAAGAGGAUCGGGAGGUACAAGGCAAGAUUGGCUCUUCUUCUCCCACCAUUUGGAGAGCAAUGAAGGAAGGAAUUUAAAGCGUGGGACUUUUAUGUGAAUAUACUUGCAGUUGAUUUAGUUAUAUCACAAGGAACCUUUAGAGGGGUGUGUUUGUUUGCUCUAUUGUUGUCUCCUAAGCAGCCCCGGGGACGGGAAACGUCAAACUUAAAAUUUAUACAUACGGGUACGGUAUAGAAAACACGACCAUAUAUAUAAAAAAAAAAAUAUUCAUAA